AUGAUGGACUACGCCCAAUACCAGCAACCACCACAAUCGGCGCACUCGCAGGGACACAUCCAAUCAGGUUACACGAAUUCGAAUACUGGCAAUACCAUCACAUCGCCCACAAGCCACAGCAUACAUCAGCACGGUGUCCAGACCUCUCCCAUUCUAGCUUCUUCUCACCAACCAGCUUCAGCAAACCAAGGACACAACAUGUACUCCACGCAGUACAGCGUCCCCCAGCAGGGCAUGCACUAUGGCGUCCCUGGAAUCCAGGCCGCCGCCAUGGCCGCAACUGCUGCUGCCGCCGGUGGCACGCCGUAUGGCAACUACAUGUCUUCGGAUCCUAGCCUCACGCAGAGCUCGCCGCGACUCGGCACCGGUGUCAAUGCGAAGAAGGAUGCACACGGCCCACGAUCCCCGCAACAAAUGAACCAGAUGCCAGCCCGCCGGCUGAGCCAAGUCACGAGUCCCGGUGUACCAAAUGCCUCGAUGUUGAAUCAUGGUCGACCUUCAGCAGUACCACCGCCAAUGCCCGCGGCGCAAUCUCUCCCGCAGCCACAAUCACCAGAGAUGCCCGCCGGUGCCGAGGAGUCGCCCCUCUACGUCAACGCGAAACAAUUCCACCGCAUCUUGAAGCGCAGAGUUGCUCGUCAACGUCUGGAAGAAGCAUUGCGCCUGACUAGCAAGGGUCGGAAGCCAUACCUACACGAAUCGCGACACAACCAUGCUAUGCGCCGGCCGCGCGGUCCUGGUGGUCGUUUCCUGACCGCUGACGAGGUCGCUGAGAUUGAGAAGAACAAGGGCUCCGAUGAGAAGGAAGAGGAUUCGUCUUCGCCGCCUGCCAAGACUGGUACCAAGCGGAAAUCAGAAUCAGGAUCAACUGCUUCAAGCAAGAAAGCGAGACUAGAGGAAACUCCCGACGACGACGACGAUGAAGAUGCCGAAGGCGACAACUAA